AUGUUCGCGGCGAGGUUGGUGUGCUUUCGGGCCCUCCCAUCCCGAAGCCUUCGCCCGGCACUUAUUCCGGUUUCACCAGCCUUGAGGAAUUCCACUCUGAAGACAAAUCAGUGUCUCUUGCAGCCUUAUCGGGGCUAUGUCACCAAAGCCAGGAUGGGCUUGCGCCGGGGGAAAACCGGACAAGAAAUUAAAGAAGCGGCUUUUGAACCUGCCAUGGAAAAGGUCUUCAAAGUUGAUCAGAUGGGAAGAUGGUUCGUUGCCGGAGGUGCCGUCGUCGGACUCGGAGCUCUCUGCUUCUACGGCUUGGGGCUAUCAAAUGAGAUCGGAGCCAUUGACAAAGCCGUCAUUUGGCCACAGUACGUGAAAGACCGAAUCCAUUCCACCUACAUGUAUUUUGCAGGAAGCGUUGGCUUGACGGCGUUGUCUGCUGUAAUGGUCAGCAGGACUCCCGCCCUCAUGAGUCUCAUGAUGAGGGGCUCUUGGCUGGCAAUCGGCGCAACCUUUGCAGCAAUGAUUGGGGCUGGGAUGUUGGUGAGAUCGAUUGAUUACGGGCAGAGCCCCGUCCCAAAGCACCUUGCUUGGAUGCUGCAUGCAGGCGUUAUGGGCGCAGUGGUGGCUCCUCUGACACUUCUGGGUGGCCCCCUGAUCAUCCGAGCGGCUUGGUACACAGCAGGAAUUGUCGGCGGCCUCUCAACAGUAGCCAUGUGCGCACCGAGCGAGAAGUUUCUGAACAUGGGAGCACCUCUGGGGGUCGGCUUUGGCCUCGUGCUCGCCUCUUCUCUUGGAUCCAUGUUCUUUCCCCCAACAUCCAUCUUUGGGGCCGGCCUCCACUCUGUCGCUGUUUAUGGUGGAUUGGUACUUUUUAGCUUGUUCCUGCUCUAUGACACCCAGAAGGUUAUAAAGCGUGCAGAGACUCAGCCAUUGUACGGUGUACAGAAGUAUGAUCCCAUAAACUCGUGCAUGGGCAUUUACAUGGACACCCUCAACAUCUUCAUCCGAGUGGCCACCAUGCUUGCUGGCAGCGGCAACAGGAGGAAGUAAAUGGCGGCUUGAC